GCCCGUCAUCACCUCUUCCAUACACAGGGUAGCUUGGAGGGGCCCAAGCAGGGCGGGGCGGGAGCGGAUCGGGCUCUCGCCCUCUCCAGGACAUCCCCCACGGGGGCGCGGGCCAGUGGCGGAGCCCGUCCCGUAGCCGCGGGCGGCCGCUGCUCCCGAUCCGGCGCCGCGUUUUGCCGGCGCAGCAAGUGCCGGCCUUGCCGGAGGAGGAGCGGCGGGAGGGGGAAGGGGGAGGAGGAGCCGGCCCUCGGCCGAGCCGCUCCCGCCCCUCAGCUGGGAGCCCGCAGGCAGCGGGUGCGAGCUGCAGAGCCGAGCGGCGCCGCGCCGAGCCGGGAUGCGGGAGCCGGGGAUGGGGUAGCCGCGCCGCCCUGCCGCGCUCCCCACCAUGUAGGCGAGCCCCGGGCGCCGCGCACAUCGCUCCCCGCCGCCUGCACCGCGUUCGCACCGGGCCGGGGGACCAUGCGGAGCGCCCCGGUCUCCGCGCUCCUGCCGCUGCUCCUGGGGCUGCGGCUGCUGCUGGGCGGCGGCGCCGCGGCUCAGUACUCCAGCGACCUGUGCAACUGGAAGGGGAGUGGUUUAACCCAUGAGUCUCACAGGAAGGAUGUUGAACAGGUCUACCUCCGCUGUUCUGAGGGGUCCAUAGAGUGGAUGUACCCCACGGGAGCACUCAUAGUCAACCUGCGACCCAAUAUUUCACCUGCCUCUUACAAACACUUGACUGUUUGCAUAAAGCCCUUCAAAGACUCUUCAGGAGCAAAUAUUUAUUUGGAAAAAACUGGAGAACUGAAACUCUUGGUCCGAGAUGGAGACCGCAGCCCCAGCAGAGUGUAUUGCUUUGGCUACGACCAGGGGGGCCUGUUUGUGGAGGCCACUCCUCAGCAGGACAUUAGCAGGAAAAUCACAGGCUUCCAGUACGAAUUGAUGAGCAAGGGAAUAGCAGCUGAUUUGCACACAGCUUCUGCUCCCUGCCGGCCCUGCAGUGACACUGAGGUCCUCCUGGCUGUCUGCACUAGUGAUUUUGUGAUCAGAGGCUCCAUUCAAAACGUAACGAACGAGGCAGAAGAGCAAGAAUCCAUAAUUCACGUCGGUGUCAACAAACUGUACAGGCAGAAGAGCAAAGUCUUUCAGCUGACAGGGGAGAGUGGGAACUGGAGAGGACAAAUAAAGACCUUGCUCGAGUGUGGGGUGAAGCCAGGAGAUGGAGACUUCCUUUUCACGGGACGUAUGCACUUUGGGGAGGCCAGGUUAGGCUGUGCCCCUCGUUUUAAAGACUUCCAAAGGAUGUACAAAGAGGCAAAAGACAAAGGGCUAAACCCGUGUGAGAUUGGCCCAGAUUGAAACCCCCCGUUUGGCCGAAGAUCGCUUUUAGCAUUUGGCCAGGAAUAUUUCCUGGCUGCAGUGGGAACUCUGAACAAACCUGGCCACUGAGGCUGGGCAGACCUGGAGGCUGAGACCCCACAGCCUGCGGUGCUCACAGGCUCAUGGAAGCAACAGAGGUACGAGCUCAGAGGGCUGCCAAGCAAGAGAGGCUGGAUUUUUAACCAAUCUUGUCCUUAUGAAUUAAGUUAUUAUAUUUUUUUAGUGACUUCCUUAGGAAAACAAAGAAAGAAAACUCCCAUGUCUUAAUAAAAGAAAAACCCAAAUGAAAGCCAAGAUGCCUUUGUAUCUUUUUAAUACUAAUUUUUAAAAAUGUCUUAAGCUGAUGUAGCAUUUGGUAUGGCGUAUUCUGUAUAAAUGGCCAAGAAUGUGAUAGAGCACGGUAAAACAUCUUAACAUUGAUGCUUUGUAAAAAGCUUGGUGUAAAAUUCAAAGUUGUUUCUUAUGACAGAAAUUUAUGGAGCCAAACUCUUAUGUGUGUGUGUUGGUUUUUUUUUUUUUUUUAAUUUGAAAGAAUGUACAAUUGCUGCCUGCAAUUUUUUGUCCAGGCUGGCAAAUUCUUUCCAUUCCAGAGAAAUAAAGGUCCCUGGAUUUGACA